UUCCGAGAUGGCAAAACUAUCAAGAUGAGUUACGAUGGUAAAUAUUCAUACAGGUCUGUCGAUGACGAACUACGUCUAACAAGGAAACUAAGCGAUGCGGUCAUCAGGGUUGACAAUGCUGAAUUUCAUAUCCACAAGAUUAUUUUUUGCAGGUGCAGUCAAUACUUCAGAGCCCUCUUUCUACGUUGGUCGGCUCCGGACCAGAGGGUCUACGUCAUACAUGGUCUGACGGCGCAGUUAAUGCAACUAUUUGUUGACUUUGCAUACGCCGGCAAAGUGUCGGUGACAAAAAACAAUGUCAAGGAUUUGUUGCUGGCUGCAGACCGGUUCAACAUAACCGGCAUCGUCCAGACCUGCUGCGCAUUUCUAACGGAACACCUCUCUCCAGAAAACUGUAUUGGCAUCUGGCAGUUCACAAGGAACUGCUACACCCCGGACCUGCAGCGAAACGCCUACCGGUACAUCCUCUACCACUUUGAAGAUGUUGCGUGUUCAAACGAGUUGCAGCAACUCUCCGUACAGGACUUGUGUGACAUUCUGGACAGGGAUGACCUUAUGGUGAAAACAGAGAAUACCGUUUAUGAAGUCAUUUUGCACUGGAUUGCACAUGCACCUUGGGAGCGAGCUGAAAACAUGGCGUUGCUGCUGGCCAAAGUCCGUCUCGCGUUGACAAGUGUGGAGUUCAUUGCAAUCAAGGUGCUGGCCAAUCAACUGAUCCAGGACAGCAGGAAAUGCCUGGACAUAGUUGCCUUGGCCACCCGUGUCAUGUGCCACAUGACCACAAACUCGGUGCGCGGCUACCGCAACUUGGUGGCUCGUCCUCGCCUGCCUUCCGCCAUCCUGCUCGCUAUCGGCGGCUUCAGCGGCCCCAACCCAACGCACCUCAUCGAGGCGUACGACGUGCACGCCAACACGUGGGCCGACCUGGUCGAUAACAUGGAACAACCGCACGCUUACUUCGGCACUGCCUUCCUGGGCAACUCUGUCUACUGUGUGGGUGGUUUUGAUGGCCGCAGGCACUACAACACUGUCAGGCGCUUUGAUGUGAACACUCGCACCUGGCACCAGGUGGCACCCAUGCAUUUUCGCCGCUGCUCCGUGAGCGUCACGGUACUAAACGGGCGCGUGUACGCCAUCGGUGGCGUGGAUGGUCGUAUAAGACUAAAAAAUGCAGAGUACUACACGCCCGAGACCAACCAAUGGACUCUUAUUGCCAGUAUGCAUGAGCACAGAAGCGACGCCAGCUGCACCACCCUCAACAACAAGGUUUACGUUUGCGGUGGUUUUAAUGGAAACGAGCCCUUGCGAACAGCAGAGUAUUACAACCCAGAGACCAACGCGUGGACCAUGAUAGUCCCAAUGAACUGCUGUCGCAGUGGCACCGGAGUCAUCGCGUAUGCCAACCAUGUUUAUGCAAUCGGCGGUUAUGAUGGCGACAUGCGUCUGUGCAGCAUGGAGGCAUACGACCCCAACACGGAUGCUUGGAUGCUCUUACCUUCCAUGCAGUGCCAACGCAGCAACUUUGGCAUCCAGGUGGUAGAGGACCGCCUCUUUGUGGCCGGAGGCAACACGGGCGUGUCGGCCACCAACCUGGUGGAGUACUAUGAUGCCCACUCCGCCACCUGGUUCCCGGCUUGCAACAUGGCCGUAUCUCGAAGCGCGCUCAGUUGCUGCGUGGUGUCCGGCUUGGUCGACGUUGGCCAUUUUGUUAAGCUGCGCAGCGAACUGCCUUGGCUUCAGUUGGAGGAAGUGGCCCUGGAAUUGGAGAAUGAGUUUUGA